UAUUGAUCAAAGCAAGGAUAAAAUAAAGAUAGACUUAAUAGAAGAAGUCUAUCGUGAUGCUCUACUUUUUUUCUCCGGUCAAGGUUGUUUUUCCCCACAAGGUUUUGUUAUUUAUACUUUUUUUCUCCAGUCAAGGUUGUUUUUCCCCACAAGGUUUUGUUAUUUGACAAUGUUUUGAAGAGGCAACAAGUCUGAUACCAAAUUCUAUCUGUAACUAAACACAAUGGGAUGUGUUUAGGGAAAUUCUAUGUAGUGUGUUAUCCAGUAUAUAGAAUAUGUAUUAGAGUCAUCUUGUGUAUACUCAGUAUUAUGGGCAUGUUAGCUCAUCCUUGUAAAGCCUACUCUCUCCCUAUUUAUAGAGCAUUUGGUACUCAAAUCGCACACACAAUUCUCCCUACAACAUAUAUACAUAAAAUUUUCCUUUCUCAUCAAGAUGAUUGAGGCCAUCAUUUAAUUUUAUGGUAGCAUACUUGAACAAUUUGAGCAUUUCCUAAAUAAAGAGAAUAAUCCACCAGACUAUUAUGAAUGCCACAUAGUAAUUGCUUUCAUUGAUAUUCUUAGAAUUAAGGUAGCAUUUGAGUUUUCACGCUAUUUUAUUGUUCAAAUUGGACUUUGCACCCCGUUCUUAAAAAUUUUGUUUUUGCACCUCAACCCCGAAUGAAAAGAUAAAAAUGACCCUCCAUUAACAACAUUGUUGGCCUUCAACACUCCUAUCUAACUGUCCGGUCGGUGUUGGGGGGUCCUCAGGGAUGGGGUGUCAUCCUUUUUUGUUGGCCUUCAACAUAUUCCUGAUCGAGUGGCAUUUUUGUCUUUUCAUACGGGAUAGGGGUGCACAUACAAAGUUUUUAAAAAACGAAGUGUAAAAUCUAAUUUGAAUACUAAAAUGGGAUGCAAACUCAAAUUUUCCCUAGAAUUAAUGGUUUGUGAACUUGGUGUCAUUGUGGGCUUGGGGCACAAGAGAGAGCCAUGGUUGAUGAAUUUGAAAUGUUAAUGGCUCCCGUAGCGAAAAUGCAGGUGAGGUGAAGUCACAAAUUUGGUUGCAUAAAAUAUGAGUUUAAUGCAUAGAAUCCCCCUGUGAUAUUAAAAUGAUGCGUAUUAUCCUCCUCUGUUAUAAAAAAUGCACGAAAGCCCCUUAUGUUUUUAUUAAAUGUGCUUACCCGCCCCUAUCAGAAUAAAGGAAUGACGCCCUUUACUUUUUUUCAAAUAUCCCGUUAUAUCCUUAUUUCGUAGCCAACUUCAAACCCAGUUCUUACGCUAAAUUAGGGCAGCCGUUCAAUACUCCAUUCAAAAAUCGAAGGGGAAGAAGGUCGUCGCACCAAUUUGAAGCCAGAUGAUCCAAAAUACCUAACUUCCACUAACUUUCCUUCUUAAAACUUCUACGUACUGGAUGGUGAAAAAUUAGACUGCUGCUCGUCAUUAAUUUUGAGGACACAUAAAAAUGUCUUCUGAACUUUUGACAAUUAAUGUUAAUUAACCUUAUACUGAAGUAGAAGAUGAAUGGGGGAAUUCUUCAACUGAUGAUUCAGACUCAGGGGUCUCUUCUUGCCCCUCCUGGGCAUUGGAAGAUAUGGAAGGGGGCGAUGAUGAUGACAUCUUCUCUGCAAGGCCACCAGACCAUUCACGAAAAGUAUGGGAGUGUGUGAGAAACUGCGUGAAGGAUAGGAAACAAAAAAGGAAAGAGGUAAGAGAUGCUGAAAAAACAAGAAAAAUCCUAGAAAAAGAAGAAUGGUAUAGUGAUGGUGAAAAAGAAGAAUUGAGGGAGGAUCAGUUUGAAUGGGGUGAAAGUGUUGAUAUGCAGAGCUAUGAAUUGGCUUCCGGACAUAGGUUCCCUGAUCGGAAAAUUUUUCAGAAAGUGUUAAAAGAUUGGUCUGUUAGGAAAGGGUAUGAUCUUAAGUAUCCAAAGUGUGAAGCCAAGGUUAUAACUGCUGUUUGUAAGGGUGGGUGUGAAUGGAGGAUGAGACAAUCGGUGAUUCAAAACAGCUCAACAUUUCAAGUGAAAACUUUAAUGGGAGAGCACAAGUGUUCUUUUAGAACAGAUAAUCAUCAAGCGGACUAUAAGUAUCUUGGGGAGAGGAUAUUGGAAGCUGUUAGGGACAAUCCUAAUGGGACCUUGGAUGCUUUGAAAAAUAAAAUUAAAAGUGAAUGUGGGAUAGAAGUAAGUAUGCAUAAGGUUUAUAGGGCUACGAUGCACGCCCUUUCUUUGUUAACAACUGACAUCCGUUUGCAAAUCAAAAGAUUGUAUGACUAUUGUGCCACCGUGGAGAAAUAUAAUCCAAGGAGUAGUAUGGUGCUAAAGGUUGAGAGGUCUCUAACUACACCCAAAUUGCAUCUACCUGCAUCCACUCAUCCCAUUUUUGUUUGAGCAUACAGGAUAUUCUAGGAGCAACAAUGCAGCCUGAUACAUCUAACUGCAUCCACUCAUCCCAUAAAGCUAGCCAAAAAGCUUCAAGUACAAAUAAAUAGGUUUGCAUGUGUGACCAGUUUAGUAUGGUAGAUUGGUAGUAACUAG